AAAAUUGACAGCUUUGGCAUUCACUGCGGAUAGGGAAAAAUUGUUUUCAUUAAUUUUGUGCUUACACUAUUGUCAUUUUUGGUCCAAGCAACACUUAAAGCGUUAAUUUUAACAGUACAUUUUAAAUUGCUGUAAUUUGACUGGUUACUUAAAUAUAUGGGCGAUGAAAAAGAUCCAUUUAAUUAUGAGUCGGCAGAGGAAAGUGAAAGCAAUUUCAGUUCAAUUUAUGAUGCACCUGUUAAAGACAAAUGUAAAUCGUUGCGUUUUCCAAGGCAGAAAUACAUUUCACGUUGGGAAAAUAUUUUUUCUUGGUUGAAAGCGGAUGAAAGUGAUGAAACCGUCGGAAUAUGUACAAUUUGUUCUAAACGGCUUGUGUGUAAAAAGAGUCAUUUAGAAAGACAUGAAAAUUCUUUUAAACAUCGACGACUUUCAAAAAAAAAUCUUAAAAAUAUUGAAUUUGCAACAAUUGAAUUGCAGGAUCCUUCCACAUUAGAUAUUAUUGAAUUUCCAAAGUCGGAGGUUGAAUAUGACUGUAAUUAUGUGGAUAAUGUGGAAGAACUUAGUGAAUAUAAUAUCGAAUAUGAUGUUCUAGAUGAAAGUGCAAUAAACCUUCAGGAAAAUGCUAUUGAAUCGGAUGAUGAAUAUAAUACGGCUGAACUAAAUCGAGUAGAACUAAUGAAAACAAUUGAACGUGACCGAUGUACAGUACAUACAUUUAUUAAUAAUGUUACUCAACAGCCUUUAGUGAUACCACCUCCUCAGAAAGACAGCAUUGAUUUGUUUUUCGAAAGCGUCGCGGCCAGUGUAAAACUUCUUCCACCUAAAAUGGUUUCCGCUGUAAAACAUAAAGUUUUGCACGUAAUUACUGAUUUUGAAUUAGAAGCGUUAUCUGAAAAAGAAAUGAAAACGAAUAGAAUGACGACGCCUGUAGAGACUUCAGAACAAGUUCCUAUACAACUCGAAUCAAUGGCAAGCACAUCCCAAAUUGUUUAUUCUUAUCAUUAAAUUUGAGCAGUCUGCAAAUGUGUACAUUUUUACUAGAGUUUGAUUUAUGUUUAAUUUUAAUUGAAAAUAAAAGUUAAUGUAUAAAAUUUAAAGUCUUCAAUUAAAUAUACCAAGAAAUGUGU